AUGGUAUCUGACGGUUACACUUUGCUAUCAGCAUUUCAGUCCUGUUUGUUUUAUGAUAUAAAUAAAGCUCCCGAUGAAAGUAGUUCUUUGCUAUACACAACAGGUACCAUCAUCGAAGACCACCCAAAUGAUACACUAAAAGGAUUGCUCAAGAAACACAAUAUUUCAUUUGAAAGCUCCAACUUUGCAUAUGUUUUACCGAAUGAUCUCAAUAAUGAUGAGGUAACCCUUGUACAUAACACUGAACAAAAAAUUAUUUCAAUUGAAGGUAUUACGGCUGAUAGUGAAUUUCAAUCAUACGUCUCCGAAGAUAUUGUAAAUACCCUUUUACUCCAAUCGAUAGGUGAAGAUAAACCUGAUAUUGAAGAGUUCUUCAAGGAUGAUUCUAAUGGAUUUGCUUCAGUUUUGGAUGAUAUGGCUACUCACUUUAAAGUACAUAUAAUUAUCACUUAUAAAUUAAUAUCUGAUUCAUUAGAGAUAAAUACUAGAUUAAUUGGUACUUCUGAAAAUAUUAUCCUUGGCAAGCAUCAAAUAUAUGCAUUCUUUGAUUUGUUCGUGAACAGAUUUGACAAAAACGAAAAUUAUAUGGUAGACUAUCUAGAUAUAGAGACAUUAUCAUUCUUACCAUUCUUACAUGAUGAACAAAAUUCGAAAUUUAUUAAUAAUCAUCUCUCUACGUCUAUCUUUGUGCCAGAGAUUACACAAUAUAAUAAUAUAUCUUCACCACGACAAAUAAUCUUGACAGGUGAGAUACAUGGACAAUUAUUAAAGACAAAGAAGAUUAUUCAACAAAGGUUGCAGUAUUUAAGCACAUCAAUAUUUUAUAAAAAAAUUUGCAACAUCUCAAGUGCUAAAUUAUUUUUCCUAAAGAAUUUUUGUCAAGUAGAUACUGUUUCAUUUAUGAUUCAAAACCAUUGUUUUAUUAAUCUAACUGAGAAUUCUAUUGAAUUCCAAGCAUUUUCACCUAUUAUCUUAAAUACAGUCAUUAAACAGUUUACAUUAAAAUUUUUGCAAGAACUUGUAGAAGUAUCAUUUAUAAUGAACGAAAAUACCAACUAUAAUACAAUAAUAAAGGACCUUAACAAAAAAAAAUUAUUCAAAGGCCAGUAUGUUGUCAUGGAAUCGAGCACCUCUGAGGAGAGAAUGAUUCUUUGUGUUAGACACGGUGCAUUAACUAAGUAUCUAGAAGAUACAACUACUAAUGGAGAUUGUGCGGUUGUAUUUGAAGAUGAUGCAAUUAAACAAUUUAGGCUAUCAUUCGAAGUUAAUUCCGAAUACGAAGAUUUUAUUUGUGGGAAAAAGAAUGGUAAAUUAACCAGAAUAAUUGAAAAUGUGAAAUCUAUCAUUGAAUUAUCAAAUAAUAGUAAGUCAUCUCAAAAUAAUGGUGAUGAUACAAUGAACUUAACAGUCAUAAGUAGUACUUUUAAGGACUUCAAAAAUUCCAUGAAAAAUAUUAUUAAUGAAUUACCAGCCGAAGAAUCAUUUUUUAUUCCAGAAGUAUAUCAUAGACCUAUUAUUGGAGCUGGUGGUACUAUAGUUCAAACAAUCAUGAGAAAGCAUAAUGUCUUCAUCCAAUUUUCAAAUAGCUUUUCUUUACCGCAAAACAAUUUCGGGAUCACAAGAUAUCAUAAUGUCAUUAUCCGCUGUCCAACAAAGAAUGAACAGAAUAUUAGAUUUGCAAAGGAUGAAAUAUUGAAGCUAGUAGAUGAUUUCAACUAUAUGCAAAUUACUGAAUCUUUGAAUCUGACAAAUAACAGAUUUGAAAGCAUUAUUUUAGCAUCUGCCGAUAAUACCAAUUUGAAUAAAUUAAUACAGUUUGAAAGGAAAUAUAAUGUAUUUAUUGAUUUCCCAAGUGACCUAUCAAAAAGUGACAACGAGCCUGUACUUCUCAAAAUUAUCGGUAAUGAUGUUGCAAGUACUCUAGAAGCUAUCGAUGAUAUAACCAAUGAUCCAUCGGAAUGGUGUAGAGAAUUGACUUUAAAAAUAUCCUCAAAUUUUAAAACUUAUUCUCAAAAAAAGAACAACGUAGCGAAACUUUACAAUGAGGUUAUUAUCCCCUUAGAGGAAGUAUUUAAUGAAGUCUUUAUUAGUUUCAGUCGGUUGAAUUCUGUUAUUGCGAUUGCAUAUAAUGGUGAUUCAUCCGUUAACCCUAAGGAUAAUAUAAACAAGAUUGUUGAUUUUAUCACCUCCUAUUUGAUUGAACAAGGGAUGACAAUCAUUAAUAAGAGUCAGGCUCCUGAUACUGUUGAAUAA